AUGCAUCCAUAUGCAUCAAUUUAUUAUUCACCAUUAUCAUCUUUUGUCAAUCCAUUGAUGUCAUCUGUAAGUGCUAGUGUUAUGCCAUUUUUUCAUGGAUCACCUGAUCGAUUUACAGAAUUUCUUCUUGAUUCUCGACAUCCACGUAAACAACGUCGUUCUCGUACAGCUUUUACCAGUCAACAAUUACAAACAUUAGAAAGAUGUUUUGUUAAAACUCAUUAUCCUGAUAUUGUUAUGAGAGAAAAACUUGCACUCUAUACUAAUUUACCAGAAGCUCGUGUACAAGUAUGGUUUAAAAAUCGACGAGCAAAAUAUCGAAAAAAACAAAAAAUACUUAUUGAUCAAUCGUUGAAAAAUUCUACAAUCGAUAUGAAUGAUGAUAAUUUAAGUGAAUGUUCAAGUACGAAUGACAAUACACAUUUGAUCAUAUCAAAAAAUGCAAAUAAAUCAACAAUAUCCGAUCCAAUAUCUCAUCAAAUAUCACCAAUAACACAAAUUUCUUCCUUUACAUUAAAUAAUAAACAACAUUUUAAAAGUGAUUCAUCCAUAUAUAAUUUUAUUGAAAAAAAUGAACAAUCAAAAUGGCAUUCAACGAAACAUAAAUAUUAUAUUGAAAAUUUAUUACAGUAA